GCGAGCGAGGCGAGUCUGGCUGCUUGGGCUCUUUCACCUCCGCGGAGCGGGGCCGGGACGGGCUUGGGGGUGGACCAUCCUCCCCCGGCUGGGGCCGGCACCUUACCCCCCGGGGCCAGGGCGGAGGCUUUCACCCCCAAGGGAGUGGAGUCUGGACCGUUUGGUCCAGAGCCGAGGCACGGCCCGUCCUGCUCUCCUGAGACCAGGUUCCCUUCCCUCUCCCGCCGCCUCCGGGAAACGUUCUGGUCGCACGCCCACACUGGGACCGCGCUCCAGUCCUGAAGCCACAGCUUAGCCCUGUGCCCUUCACCUCCCCCGGGCCCACCUGCUCCCCCACCCACCCACAGGCCACCUCGGGGCGCCGGGGCCCGGAAGGCUGCAGCCUCUUCCCUUUCCCCCCGGGAGCGGCUCCAGCCCUUCCUCUCGCUGCCCCCUCCGUAGCUGUGCCCCCAGCAUGUGUCUCCCGGGGCCUCCCUCCUCUCCCUUGCCCAGCAGAGCAGUUGCAGCAGGCAGCGCAGAGGACUGUUUGGUGGGGCUCCUGCACUGAGCUGGAAACCCAGCAAAGCCUGCUCUUUCUCGCCUCUAUACCCCCGACCCACAAGGCGGCCCACCCAGACUCUCAGGUCCCUGGGUUUGGCGAAUCCUGCUGAGAGUGAGCAGUAGGAGAACUCUCCGAAGCUUCCAGUUUGCCACCUGGAAGAAGGUCACUUUCUUUUGAGCAAAGGAGAGAAUAGGAGGUACCCUGCCAGUGUUCACCGCGAAGCUGGGGUGGCACGAGCCACAGUUGCUCUGGGAGGGUUGUGGCACCUGGGGCUGGGUGGCUCCCUCUAAGCUUGCUCUGACAAAAGAGUUUUGAGUUGGUUUUUUGGAUGAGCCUGCCAAGGAAGGCAGGCUCCUGCAGGAGUCUUGGAGGGUCGGAUGCAGCGCCGGAUGAGGAUGAGGCGUGGCGGAAGAUGCGUUUGGCUCUGCAGACACUGCAUCGGGCAGCAGGGGACUCUGGGAGGCUGGUGCAGCCAGAAGGCAUGGCUCUUGACAGCCUUCUAGUAGAAUCUCUGGAAUUGUGCAUGACAGAAGAGGAAAGAAACUAACGGGUAUUGAGCACCUACUGUGUGCCAGGCCCAGGCCAGGUUCCCCCCACCUCCAGCCAGUCUGUGCAGACUUGCUGCCUGCUGUGUCACCGGGAACGCAAAGGCUGGGAAGAAGGCCCUUCCCAAAACGGACUGGUGUUGCAGGGUGAGAAGCUGCCCCCUGACUUCAUGCCAAAGCUCGUCAAGAAUCUCCUAGGCGAGAUGCCUCUAUGGGUCUGCCAGAGUUGCCGAAAGAGCAUGGAGGAAGAUGAAAGGCAGACAGGUCGAGAACAUGCAGUGGCGAUCUCCUUGUCACACACAUCCUGCAAGUCACAGUCUUGUGGGGGUGACUCUCAUUCCUCUUCGUCCUCCUCUUCAUCGUCCUCAUCCUCGUCCUCCUCCUGCCAUGGGAACUCAGGAGACUGGGAUCCCAGCUCGUUCCUGUCAGCACAUAAGCUCUCUGGCCUCUGGAACUCCCCACACUCCAGUGGGGCUAUGCCAGGCAGCUCGCUCGGGAGUCCUCCUACCAUCCCUGGUGAGGUUUUCCCCAUCUCGGAGCACCACCGGCACUCAGACCUCACUGCUCCACCUAACAGCCCCACCGGCCACCACCCCCAGCCAGCGCCGCUGAUCCCAUCUCACCCUGGAUCCUUUGGCUCACCACCCCACCCACACCUGCUGCCCACCACCCCAGCAGCGCCUUUCCCUGCCCAGGUUUCAGAAUGCCCGGUUGCUGUGGCUGCUGCCCCCCACACCCCAGGGCCAUGUCAGAGCCCCCACCUUCCCUCCACCAGCAUGCCGCUCCUGAAGAUGCCUCCACCAUUCUCGGGUUGCAGCCACCCCUGUAGUGGGCACUGCAGUGGGCACUGCAGCGGGCCCCUGCUCCCACCACCCAGCUCUCAGCAGCUCCCUAGCACUCACAGCAGGGACCCUGGGUGCAAGGGGCACAAGUUUACCCACAGUGGCCUGACCUGCCAGCUGCCCCAGCCCUGCGAGGCAGACGAGGGCCUGGGCGAGGAAGAGGACAGCAGCUCAGAGCGUAGCUCCUGCACCUCAUCCUCCACACACCAGAGAGACGGGAAGUUCUGUGACUGCUGCUACUGUGAGUUCUUCGGCCACAAUGCGCCACCCGCUGCCCCGACGAGUCGGAAUUAUACCGAGAUCCGAGAGAAGCUCCGCUCGAGGCUGACCAGGCGGAAAGAGGAACUGCCCAUGAAGGGGGGCGCCCUGGGCGGGAUCCCUGGGGAGCCCGCCGUGGACCACCGAGAUGUGGAUGAGCUGCUGGAAUUCAUCAACAGCACGGAGCCCAAAGUCCCCAACAGCGCCAGGGCCGCCAAGCGGGCCCGGCACAAGCUGAAAAAGAAGGAAAAGGAGAAGGCCCAGUUGGCAGCAGAAGCUCUAAAGCAGGCAAAUCGUAGUGUUUCUGGAAGCCGGGAGCUGAGGCCUGCCAGGGAGAGGCUCUUGGAGUGGCCCGAUCAGGAGCUGGAUCGGGUCAACAGCUUUCUGAGCAGCCGUCUACAGGAGAUCAAGAACACUGUCAAGGACUCCAUCCGCGCCGGCUUCAGCGUGUGUGAGCUCAGCAUGGACAGCAAUGGCUUCUCUAAGGAGGGGGCUGCUGAGCCAGAGCCUCAGAGUCUAGCCCCCUUAAACCUCAAUGGCUCCUCAGAGCAACGGCCUGACAUUAACCUUGACCUGUCCCCUUUGACUUUGGGCUCCCCUCAGAACCAUGUGUUACAAGCUCCCGGCGAGCCAGCCCCACCAUGGGCAGAAAUGAGAAGUCCCCAUCCACCAUGGACAGAGGUGAGGGGCCCCCCUCCUGGCAUCAUCCCUGAGAGUGGGCUGGUGAGGAGACUCAACACCGUGCCCAACCUGUCCCGGGUGAUCUGGGUCAAGACACCCAAGCCAGGUAACCCUAGCUCUGAGGAUCCAGGUGGAAAGGAGGUCCCUGGUUGCAAGCAGGAGAUGCCUGAGCCUGUGGCCUCAGGUGGGAAGCCACGGAAGGGCAAGAGACAGGGUAGUCAGGCCAAGAAGAGCGAGGUGAGCCCAGCUCCCCAGUCCCCAGCCUGCCUGGAGACUCCCAGUGCCAAGGGCCAGACCUCCAGCCCCAAGCAGCCAAGCAAGGCCCCAGAGCCUCCCAGACUGGACAGCUGUGCUGAAGCUGGAGAAGGUAGCCGGGGGACCCGACCAGGACCAGGCUGGGCUGGCAGCCCCAAAGCUGACAAGGAAAAAGGCAGCUCCUGGCGAAACUGGCCAGGUGAAGCCAAGGCACGGCCUCUGGACGCAGAGUCUGUGCUGCCCCCGGGCCCAGCGAGGCCACAGAGCUUGCCACAGGGCAAGGGCCGCAGCCGCCGGAGCCGCAACAAACAGGAGAAGUCAGCCUCCUCCUUGGACGAUGUGUUCCUGCCCAAGGACAUGGAUGGGGUGGAGAUGGAUGAGACUGACCGGGAGGUGGAGUACUUCAAGAGGUUCUGUUUGGAUUCUGCAAAACAAACGCGUCAGAAAGUUGCUGUGAACUGGACCAACUUCAGCCUCAAGAAAACCACUCCCAGCACAGCUCAGUGAGCCCCUGCCAGAUCAAGCUUCUUCAGGGUGUCCUGAGACCCCGACCGCCAGCUGAGGGUCUACAGUUUUUCCUUCACAUCCCCACCCACCUGCCCAAGACCCUCCCUGCUCCCUGCCAUCCUGGACCAACCAAAAGCUGAAUAGAUCCCGUGUGUGCUGGGGCCCCUCAGGACCUCCGCAGAGCUGCUUCCUGGUGCUACGCAGCCUCCACACUCAGAGCCUGGGGGCUGGGCUGGGCUGGCCUGUGGGCUUGGGGGCUGAUGGUACUGCUGGCCCAACACUGCUCUCUUUGUGUUUGUUUUUUUUGUUUUUUGUUUUACUUGUUUUUUCAAUUCUUUACUUUUGAUACUGUGAAGAUCUUUCCUGCCGAAAGAUAAAGCAACAUUUGGACACAG